ACGUCUUUCGCCAUUUGUACGUUUACGCUAAUGCAACCCUGUUUUCAUUAUCUAUCGCCUUUUUGUGUUGCGGAUUGAACAAAUUAAAUUAGUUAAAUACUUUCUUCAGAAGGCAAAGAAAUAAUAAAAUUUCUUGGUUAAAGGCAAGACGAAAUCAAAGACAACUGUUGGAUAAAGGAAGUUAAUAAAGAAAUAAAGAUAAAUAAGUGAAAACCGAAUAAAAAUGGAUUUACAAUAAACAAAGCUGCAGACGGAUGAGCGUAAAAGCAAUUAGUUUUGAGUGCAAAUACUAGCCUGAAAAAUCGAAGUUGAACGUAUAGCUGCUUUUUGGCGGUGCUUUAAUUAAAAUACAACAGCAAAUUGUUUAAUUACAAAAUCUCACAUUUCCAUAAAAAACGAACCUUUUGAGAUUAGCUUCAACUGAAGGCAAUCGAAAAAAGUUGUAUGUGCAUCACCCUCGGCUUAUAAAUAAUAAAUAGAAAACAACACAAACUAAACAAUACACAAUGGAUCGCAACAACGGUUCCAAUCGCUAUCCACCAAUACGUCGUGCAGUCCAGCAGCAACAUCAACCAAAUUCGUUAUCGCUUUCGUCGAAUAAUAAUCAACAUUUAGAUAAUCAUCGGAAUUCAUCUCAAUAUUCCACUUCCAACCAUAACACCUAUUCACAACAAUCCUCAAUGUCCCGCGAACCGCCUACACAACACGACGAACUAAUUCGAUACAUCAGGGAAGCAUGGACAAAAGUAAAUGAGCAGAAUACGCCAAUAAAUUACUGUCAAGAAUCUGAUCAUCAAUUGAAAAAUUUCAAACCUUUCAACUUGGAGGAGUACUGGGACCAGCGGCAUUUUCAAAAUAUUCGUGUGUCACACGGCCAACAAUAAGAUGA